AUGGCGAAUGCUCGACGCACCCUUCGGGGUGAUCCUUUUAUCCAACAGGAUCCAAAUGCUUCCCGCUACAGCCGAAGACUCUCGAGAGAGCAAUGGGCAGACCUCAAGCCUAGAGUGUUGAUGCUCUGCAAUCAAGGUGUCAGAAUUGCUGACAUCCUACGAGAAAUCCAGACGCAAAACAUCCCGGUCACCAGAAGCCAACUCGACCGGCAAAUAAAGUUAUGGCGUUUCCAGGAAAGCGAUCAAGAGUUUUCUCUGCUGGCACUAGGUGCCCCUCAGGAUACCGACAUAUCACAGCAAGCCACAUUCCACGAUAGAGCACUCCACAAUUUAGCAGAGCUACUAUCCAUCGAUGGUGUACCUAUAUCCUCGACGAGCCACCCAGCUAUUACAAAUACUGGCUCAACGCUCGAAUCAAAGCCGCCACAUGCUGAACCAGCCUCCCUUUUCGGACCGACGGCACAAAGUCAGUCGUCGAGUUCGCAGCAAGUAGACAAUGUACCCGAAACCGAUUUCAUCAUGGUCGAAUGGUCCCCCAUUCUAUGUUCGGCAUGUACUUCAGCCAAUGCGCCUGUUGACGAUGCAUCCAUCGCCCGACCUCAAUCUAGUGAAAUUAUGCAAGACGAAGAGAAUAUGACAACGGAAAGGCCUUCUCAAGGACAAGAGUCACUCAGCCCCAACUCACGCCAAAGUUCGCCGGGCCUGCCACCUGCGCUGCCUGACAAAACUGGCCCCAGAUUUACGAUUAAUAUUGGAUUACAUUGUUGCAACAACGCAAAAAUAGCCCACCGAAUAUUCUCCCACACCAUUACCAAAUAUGGCGCUUCUAUCAGGGUUCUCAACCGCCUCGCAUACAUGGCUUCGUUGCUCUUCCUUUUGAAGUGCAACUCGCUGGCAUUUCAGAUCUCUCUCCAUAUUGUCGAUCAAAUCAGUCGUCAGCCGAUCGUGCAAGGACAAACGAUCCGCCUUCUGCCCUUCUUUGUCAUCAAUUGUGUUUAUUUUGCUAGGGAGUCGCUCGAAAAUCGGGACGCAGAUCGCCUUGGUCUGAAAACAUAUGACUGGCUCUGGAGCUGCCAUCCGUCGGGACAGGAGGUAGACCAGCAAACUCAUUCAUACAUGCAGUUCCUGAUCUUCCGUGCAAAUAGUCAACAUUAUAGAGACAAGGAAGCCGCGUACUGGAUUUUAAACGCUGUACGCUCAAGUCUUCAGGAAGAGGGCGAACAGUCCAUCCAUCCAGACAUGUUUCCUUGUGACAGCGCCGACGGUGCCCUUCGUUUCUUCCAUGAAGACAAAGGCAUCAGGAACGUUAUGGAAGAAGCAAUUGGUCGGAUGAAAGUAUUUCUGCGUGCCAAUAGGGAAGAAAUCGAUGCAAUUUGGAUCGACUACUGGCAGCCUCAAGACGAUUAUUCCUUGAUGGGUCGAAUUUUGACACGCUUGAUGCUGAGACCUCGGCUUCGCUGUGAUUCCGAAAAUGCUCAUGAUUGGGUCUCUUGGGAAGACGCAGAAGUCUCCCAGCGGUCAAGGUUACUCUCCCGACUCCGAGAACAUGUCUUGAUUGGAUUGUGUGGUUUGAUCGGGAAAUGGUUCUGGGAAGACUGCAUCCAGCCCGGGGGUCGGACUCCUCUCCCUAACGAUUUGAAACCGUCGGUAGAUCUCACCAGGAGGGUUGCAUCACUCGAACGAGUAAUAAAGGACGACGAGGACGAGGACGAGGACGAGGGCAUGGAAGAGGAUUUCGAUUAUCCAAUGAUUGCGCGCGGCUAUGAGGGGUUCAUCGAUGACUAUCUUCGCUACUUGACGUGCAUGUCGCUGGCGCCGGUCCAUCGGGCAAUACCAGAUGGUCCUGGCGACGAACAUCUUGUUGGCAUAAUUGCCAUUCUGGCCAAAGUGUCGACAACCAAAGACCUUGACGUGUUGGGUAUACCAUCUGUGCCAUCGCCGCCCAUAAUUCGCUCACGCGGGCCCCAGUUCGCAACCCACCUUUUUCGAAGCCCUUAUACUAUGGAAUCAAGUCAACCGCCCAACCGAGAACGAGAAUCCCAAAGCACAGGGUCUUUGGUGGGGCCGCCUCUUGCAAGGUCCUGUACCUCUUCGAUAAGCUCCGGCUACAGAUCCUUCAAGGCUGCAGCUAUGGAUCGUGGUACCCUUGGCCCGAGAGGUCCUCCAACGAUUCCUCCGGUCCCAUCUGUUGACUGGUCGGGGCCCAUGAGCUUAACCUCAAACGAAGUGGCAAGCAUUCCUUCCGAUAUCUCGCUCCGCGAGUUUGAAUCCCAUGCUGGAGAGGAAGAUUUUAUAGCUGACCUUGUGGACUUUGUGGACGAGACGAGGCGGGGAAUGUUGUCGCAUCUUUGGCCCGCCUCUUAG